UUGUCCACUAGAAAGGGAAACAUAAUUCAAGGCGGAAAGGGGGAGGGGGGCCGCACCCGCACCCGCACCCGCACUCCUCCGGUCCGGCGCACGCGCCUCCUCCGCAUCGAGCACCACCCAACCCGCCGCACGCGCAGCUCCCGACCUCGACCGCGCGCCACGGCGGCGAGCCAUGGCGUUCCUCUUCGGCGCCUUGCUGGGCCUGGUGCUCGGCGUCGGCGUCGUCAUGGCGUUCGCGCGCCUCGAGAAUUCCCGCGCCGAGCAGCGCCGCGAGCUGGCUGCUACAGUUUCAUCUUUCUCAAAAUUGACUGUUCAAGAUCUGAAGACACUUAUUCCUACUGAGUCCUAUCCAUCGUGGGUAUCUUUCACCCAAAAGCAGAAGCUUAAAUGGCUGAAUCAAGAAUUGGUGAAAAUCUGGCCAUUUGUCAAUGAGGCUGCAUCGGAACUGAUAAAAUCUUCUGUGGAGCCUGUAUUCGAGCAGUACAAGUCCUUCAUUUUGGCCUCCAUCCAUUUCUCGAAGUUGACACUUGGUACUGUCGCUCCUCAGUUUACAGGAGUUCAAAUUCUGGAUAGUGAUAGUGCUGGUAUUACUAUGGAGCUUGAUAUGCAGUGGGAUGGUAAUCCCAACAUAGUACUUGACAUUCAAACAACUCUGGGAAUUUCACUUCCUGUACAGGUGAAAAAUAUUGGAUUCACAGGCACACUACGGCUACUCUUUAAGCCUCUGGUAGCCGAGCUCCCAUGCUUUGGAGCUGUUUGCGUUUCUUUGAGAGAGAAGAGCAAGGUGGAUUUUACCCUCAAAGUUGUUGGUGGCGAAAUGACAGCAAUUCCUGGAAUUUCUGAUGCAAUUGAGGGAACAAUACGUGAUACCAUCGAGGACACACUGACAUGGCCUAAUCGCAUAAUUGUCCCCAUUGUGCCAGGAGAUUAUAGUGAUCUGGAGCUAAAACCUGUUGGAUUAUUAGAAGUAAAACUUGUGGAAGCUAGGGAUUUGAAGAACAAGGACCUUGUUGGGAAGUCUGACCCUUUUGCUGUGCUAUACAUACGCCCACUGAGUGCAAAAACGAAGAAAAGCAAAACAAUAAACAAUGAUUUGAACCCCAUCUGGAAUGAACACUAUGAAUUUGUGGUCGAGGACUCAUCUACCCAGCACCUGACUGUGAAAAUUUACGACGAUGAAGGGCUCCAGCCGUCAGAGAUUAUUGGCUGCGCUCGUGUAGACUUAUCGGAUAUCAUGCCUGGAAAGGUCAAGGAUGUUUGGUUGGAACUUGUGAAAGACCUGGAAAUUCAGCGUGAUAAGAAACCUCGUGGUCAGGUCCACCUAGAGCUCCUAUACUACCCUUUUGAUAAACAAGAAGGAGUUUCCAAUCCUUUUGCUAGUCAGAUCCAGUUAACUUCUUUGGAAAAGGUCCUCAAGACGGAAUCUAAUGGAUAUGAUGUCAACCAGAGGAAGAAUGUUAUUACGAGAGGAGUCCUUUCAGUAACUGUUAUAUCUGCAGAGGACAUACCAGCAAUGGAUGUGAUGGGGAAGGCUGACCCAUUUGUGGUCCUGUACCUGAAGAAGGGGGAAACCAAAAAGAAGACAAGGGUUGUGACUGAGACAUUGAAUCCGAUAUGGAAUCAGACAUUUGAUUUUGUAGUAGAAGAUGCCCUGCAUGAUUUGCUUAUGGUGGAAGUAUGGGACCAUGAUACAUUUGGAAAGGAUUACAUAGGGAGAUGCAUCUUGACACUUACCAGAGCGAUACUUGAAGGUGAGUUCCAAGAUACAUAUGCGCUGCAAGGUGCUAAAUCUGGAAGGCUGAACCUGCACUUCAAAUGGACGGCACAGCCAAUUUACCGUGAUCGUGACAGGGAUCAGUGAAACCUGUGUAACUUCACACGAUAAGACUGCCUCUUCCUCUACGAUGCAUGUAUAUUAGCAUUUACACGGAUCCGCUUGGGUCUUGUAAGUUGUAACCGUGUAUAGGGGCUACUUUGUGAUUAGUCAUAAAAUAUUAUUCUGUAUAUGUUCCGGACCUAUAUAAGGGCGUGUUUUCGUCCAGAAACGAGAAAAAACCUGAACGGUGCUGUCGCUCGUGUGCAACUCUCGCGGGCAGCAGCUACUGCUCGCUAGCUUGGGUCGCUGAAAAAAGAAGUUUGCUGGGGUUACUGGGUCGUUA